UAGUGUAGGUGCGGGAGUUAAACGAAAAUCUGCGGCAGAUGUGUGUGUAUAGCGGAGGUAACAAACGAUUUUCAAAAUAUACAUGAUGAAGAAGAACUAUAUUGAAAAAGGAACAAAAAUGAUCAAACUGAAUAAAUUUAUUCCGGUCAUCAUCAAUGCAUGGAUUUGUAAGUUGUGAAGAGCGUCUUUGAAUCGUUAACAUGUUUGUCCCUGCCUUUAUUAAUAACUUUAAAUAAACCUUAUAUGUUUGAGAUAUCCAAACAAAAUUUAAUUUAUUCAUUUCAAAGCUAUGUUUAACACAGGAUGCUAGAAACUUUUUCUUAUUCCAUACAUACAAAAGAAAAAUGACUCAUAUAUUACCUACACCACCAGAUAUAUCUUUGUAUAAAGAAGAUGAAAUACCACCACAUCUGCGAGAAGUUGCAAUUUUAACAGGUUAUCGAUCGCCUUCCAGUUCUGUCAAAGACUGUGCACUGAGUGUUUUUGUUGCCACAAAUGAAACAUUGAACUUUUGGACUCAUUUCAUUCCAACAUUUUAUUUUGUGUAUCAGUUCCUUAUGUUCUGGGAUGUUCUUAAAGUUAUUACAGAUUCUUACUACUGGCCUUUGGUUGGGUACAUGUUUACAAUAAGCCUUUAUCCACUUAUCAGUGCUUUAGCGCAUACCUUCUGUAGCACCUCUGAUAUGGCCCGUCAUGUCUGGUUUUUUCUAGAUUAUGGUGGUCUCAGUUUAUAUGGUUAUGGAGCAGGACUAUUGAUUAAAGCAUAUGCCUUCCCUGAAGAGCUUCAAGGAACUAUUUUUGGAAAUUUUUAUUUAGAAAUUUUGGUGUUUUUAACAAUUACAUGUUCCGUAUCUGCUUGCUUUUCUCGAUUUUUGACAAGUUUAUGCUGGAUCAAGAUUUUCCGCUUGGGGGCAUUUGCUUUACCAUGGCUUUGGGAUAGCAUCCCAGUUAUUUACAGACUUAAUUGCAGUUCAGACCUAAAUCCAGCAGCAGCUGAACACUACAACCUUCAGUUUUUCUUCUCAUUUUGCAUUGGAUUUUUCUAUGCAUCUCAUCUUCCUGAGCGCCUUGCACCUGGGAAAUUUGAUUUUCUAGGUAACAGUCACCAGUUACUUCACAUUUCAGGUAUAUUAGCAACUCAUCAUCAAAUGAACGCAGCAAUCAUUGAUAUGAAGAACAGGAGGGAAAUAAUGGAAAAUAAAUACCCACUGCCUGAAUAUUGGUCUGUUCAUAUAUUUUUAUUAGUGUUUUUUAGCAUAUUUGUGACAAUUAUAAUUUUUAUACUUUGGGCUAGACAUUAUGAAAAUAACAGAGAAGAUCCUAAAAGAGAAAAGUGAUAUGAAUCGUUGAUUUAAAAUUACUUUAAGGUCUAAAAAAAUGGCAUUUUGUGCUGACUUGAAUUAUAAAGAGCCAGAUAGUUACUCUACCUCAGAAUUAUAGACUUAUUAAAGACUGGCCAUUUUUUAAAUUUGAGUACUAACAAUUUCAUAUUCAUUUGCUAGAUUUAUUUCAUAUUCAUCAAAUAGCCAACAACUGUGCUUUGUAUCAGCAAGCAGAUUUGAUGGACAAUUCUAAGCAAUGAGCAUAUCAUAAAACUAAUUAAAAAAAUUAAUCAUAUUUAAAAUGUACAAUAAUUCGUUAAAAAGCAUUAUUUUGUAAUGUUUUUACAAUGCAAAUCAACAUGUGUUGUUUCUUCAAGAAUUGUUUUGACUGGGUAUGCAUUCUACUCAAAAGCUAUAUAACACAAGUGUUUCUGAUAUGAAAGUACCAUAUUUUCUUAAAGAAGGAAAGGCUAUUUUGAUAUUUCUGUACUAAUUAAAAUGAAAACUGUGGCAUUCGUUUGACCGUUGUCUUGCAAACUUAUUAUUUUAGGAUUAUAUAUACAAAUUGGUAUUAUUGUUAUAAGCAAAUUUUUUAACUUUGUCAUUUAUUUGUAAAUAAUGUACCUGAUUUUAACUUUUGAAAUGAUUAAAUUAUCUACGUAUUAUUUUAACAUUUCAUGCUUUCAAUAUUAAAUUUUUUAUGUAACUAUUAAAGAAUUAUAAAAUAAAGCCCCUUUCACAUGCCACACAAUAUAGAUCUUGUGUUCAUUAGUCUUAAUUAAUUCUAGAUAUUUACAUAGCCUGUCAGCCAUGAAAGUUGGAUACUAUCAAACCAUGAAAGUUAGCGUAGAUCCCACCAAAGCUGCACUAGAUGUUUCUGUGGAAUUCUGAAAGAGCUGAUGGCUGUUUAUUUAAAAAAAUAAUUAGAACUCGAUCUGCUUCGUUUUUGCUGUAAUGUGAAAAGGCUUUCAUCAGUUUCUGUUAUUUUGUGAGGUGUUCUGAUUUUACCAGAAGAUCUGUAUAGAAACACUGAGUACAAAUUUCUCACAGGUGCUGCCCAACCGGUAUAAUGGUUAGCAUCACUGACUGCUGUACCGAAGAAGGCAUGGAUAUUUGUAAAUGUUUAGAGUCCGUGCGGCACUCUAAAUAUGCGGUAAGCUGAAAGUCCUUUUGAGAAGUUUGUGGUAUGGGAAGAGGGGUGAGAGACCCUCGGACCUGUCACCCUGAGGUGCCCUCCAUCAAAAUUGGUGGCAGAACUGAGCUAAACCACACUGUCACCUGUCAAGGCUGUUGCAAACGGCAGGCAUAGCUUACGCUCCUUGGUUAGACAAAUGAGGAUUAGCAGCAACAACUUCCCACAGGUAAUUGUUCAAGUAUCUUUUUGUUUCAUUGGCCAUAUUCAUCUGACUAUAUCAUGUCCAUUAAUACACUUUUUUUUGCUGGUACAAUCCCAUAACUAAAAAUAAUCGACUGCGUGUUGUUCUGGAAAAGGCAUAUUCUAAAUCUGAAUCUUUUUUUUUUGAAAAUAUAAGAACGAAAUACCACAGUAACAGUCAAUGUAUAUGAAGGUGGCUUAUCGAGAAUCAAUCAGGGUUACAUCAAAAGAAAGGUAUUACGAGUGUACUGUGAUGUCGUGCUUAUUCAUAACUGGCACUAAAUCAUGAUGUUUGGUAACAUUUUGAUGGCUGACAGGAUAAUAAAUAAUAAUUUUAUGAUUUUUUCCAAGCAGACAUUCAGAUAUUUAAAAAAAUAUACUUCAAUACAGUCAAACCUCAGGUUACAAAUGUAAUUCAUUCCAGAAGGCCAUUAAUCAUUUGAAAUAUUUAAACUUUACAAAAAGUACUUUGGGGAUAAGUUCAUAACAUAAAAAUGAGAGAGAAAAAAAAAAAAAAUAUAACAUCAAAAUGCUAAAUAGUCAAGCACAGAUUCAAUUUAAUGUUACUACCCAUAUUUUUACAAAAGAAGGUGGAAUGUGAUGAUGUAGAGAUGUUUUUAUUUGAAUGAGGAGUGCCCUUCCAUAAAAACAUCUAGUAACUGUUUUUGUAGGGCAUUUUUAAUAUUUUCUUUGUCUCUUAGUGUUCAAGUUCUGCUUGAAGUUCAUUAAUCAUCUCUUUUACUCAAUUUGUCCAGUGUGAAUUGUUGUUUACAUUUUAAAAUUUCAAAAAUGAAUCAUGGCUUUAUCCUUGGAAAUGUUUAUGCUGAAGUUUGCUGCUGCUGUAUGAGGGUAAUAUUGUUAUUAGAAACAUUGUACCUCGCUCCAUUUUGUGCUUUUGAAGUAUCAAGUACUAGGAUCAUCUUCUAUAGACAAUUCCUCCACUGUUGCUCUUUCUGAAGUUUUCCAUUUUUUUUAGUCAAGCUCAUUUUAUGCUCCUCUAGUAACUCAACAUCUCCGUUGUCAAUUUCCAGUUUCAUGAUUUUGUCUAGAAACACAAAUCGUAAAUAACUAAAUAAAAUAAAAAAAUCCUUAGUCUCAAGGUUUUUCUCUACAACACAAUCUGGGCGUAAUUUCAUACAGCCUGAAUUUAUGGUUCUGUAAGUAACCUACUGUAAUGCUUUGCUAAUAACAGUUAAGCAAUGGAACAUGUAAAAAUGAUAUUUACUAUAAGUAUCUGAAUGUUAAUUCUGCGUCAGAGGCUUACCUGGAAAAACUUUUGAAAAUCAUUUGUUGUUGACUUCAGUAUUCCUAUAGUUCAUCGACCAAGACGUUUUUUAUUUACCAUCUGAGGUUCCACUGUAUUUCUUAUAUAUGAAAUUUCUUUUUAUUUCAUCUUUACCAAAUAAUAUAACCAUUUAAUAGUAUUAUUCUUAAUACUACGUUAAAUUUUGAAUGCUAUUGUUGGUAUAGAAUGCAGAGCCACAGCUAGGUUUUCAGCACCAGGGAAUAGCUGAAGAUUUUGCGCUUCCUCUUGUUUGCCGAGAAUGGGAAAUAUUUCAUUCUAAAACUUUGUAACAUCAAUUUGGCACCCCCUGGAUACUGCACUCUGGGACAGAUUACCCCCUUGCCCUUCCCUAGCUAUGCCACUGAUAGAAUGAGAAUAUUUUUUUAUUAAAAUUUAUCUGGUCUUACUAAUAAAACAUGUUGUAUAAAUUUUUGUAACAUGUUGCUUGAAAUUAGUGACUUUUUAAGUUUUAUAUAUGACUAUUUUUUAUAGAAUACAUUGAUAUUUGGGAAGUUUUUAGAGUAAGAUUUGCAGUUCUUUACUGACUGCAUGUCCAGAUUUGUGCCAUAAAAGCAUAUCUGUUAGUCACAACUGUAAGUCUAUUUUUAACUUGUAUUAAAUGUUAAAAAUAUAUAUGUGUGAUCCAAAAGUAAAACUAAAAAUUCAAUGAUUUUGAAAAGUAUAGACAUUAGCUUGAUGUGGCUUUCAUGGAAAUAAGAGAUUUUUUUUUUAAUAAUGAAAGAUUUUAUUACCAGAAUAAUUAUAUUUUUCACUGACGGGUUUUGCUUCAGUGGUGUCAGAAGUUUGUACAGUGGCACAGCACAAUCUACAAUGCAGCUGGGAUUACGAAUGUUUUAAUACGAUGGCUGGCAAACAACAUAUGAAGCUAAUCUUGCCACCCCUUUCAAUAUGACCAAUAAUGUUAGACAAUGAUUUCAAGUAAAAAAAUGCAACUAUUCUGGCAAUAAAAUGUUUCAUCCCCCCAAUUUUUUUCCCUUCGAAAUCUGCAUUAUAUUACUUUCUACACUUUUUUAGUUACUAAAUUUUUACUUUUGGAUCUCUCUGUAUUUUCUAGUGCAUAUUUUUACGAGACUAUUUAAUUGAAUGGUUUUUUACUUUUGUAUUAGUUGAUUAAAACUUUUAAUGUUGAAUUUUUGUUUUUAAAAGAGAGAGCCUAAAGUAAAGGUAGCUACAAAUGUUUCAUUUUGUGUUAAAAUUUGUUGUUGAAUGCUUUGUAAAUUUUAUACUUUAUGAAUUUACACCGGUGACUAUGAUUGCUUUCUUCAGAAGCUUCAUGAAUUCAAUCUUAUUAUAUUUUAUAAAUUAUUAUUUUUUAUGGAUCUAACCCAGUGACUAUAGAAAUUAUAAAUUUUUAAAAUUUGGCAUUCCCCUAUAUUUACUUUUAGUGUGCAACUCAUUUUCUAGAUCAAAUUAAAAAAGUAGUAUUAAAUUUACCAUUUUAAUUACUUAAUUGAAGAUGUAUUUGACUAAGUAGUAAAUGUGUUAUGUUAGAAUACACAAUUCAGUAUUUAAACAAAAAAUAGCUUUCAUUGCUCAAAUAUAAAUGCAUUUUGAUAAAAAGAAAGUUUUAAUUUCGACAGCAUCGAGUCUUACGAGCAUUUCCUCGAUAUCAUGAUUUUGUAUUAAGUUGUACAUAAAAAUCAAUGACAUACUAAGGUUGAAUUUUGCCUAUUUUUUAAAAUGUUAUUUGAUAUAUAUAUUGUAAAUACAUCACUUUCCUCCCAUUCUUUACUGCCAUUAUAUUUAAUCUUCCUGUUAAGUAGCUUGAAAUGAUUAAUGUAUUUUAAUAUUCCUAUAUUACUUCAAAUGUAUCUAUUUUUUUGUAUGUAGUGCAGUUCAUAUGGAGUGAACGAAUACAUGUAAAUAAUUGUUUUUUUGUUCUUUUAUACAUUUUAAAUUUUGAUUUCUGUUGAAACAUACUUUAUAAAGAUAUAUGCAGCUAAACCUUUUGUACAAAUUUAUACGCUGGAAAUUUUCAUCGUUGUUUGCAUUAUGGGUUUAAAACAGAAAUAUGAUGCAUUUGUGAAAUGUAUACACAUAUUACAAAAAUAUUAAGUGUUACUAGUUAUUGAACUCCUCAACAAAACUACAGAUUAUAAAUCUAGUUUCCUGAAAUUUAACUAAAACAUUAGCCAUAAACAUUUAAUUUAGCAUACAAAAUAAAAUGCUAAGUUCUUGCAUAUUUUUAUAUUGGAAUAAUUCUAUAUAACUAGGAUUAUUUUUUGUCUGACUUUUAAUUUUUAUAAUCUGCAGCAAAGUUUUAUCCUCUUAUCAGGCAAUUUUUAAUACGAGUUGAUAAAUACAAAUGAUAAAGUUGCUCAUGUAUGUUCUUCAUAAGUUUCCAAACGGGUAAUUUGUUCAUUUCCAAAGUGAAAUGUUAAGUAUUGUUGUUUAAUUUGUGAUAAAGCACAAGUUGAAAACAGAAACAUUUCAGGAGAAAGAAAAUUUUUGUUAUAAAAUUUCAACCAUUAGGCUGUAUUAAAAUUAAAUGGCAAAUUCAGUACCAAGUUUAUUUCUAAUUAUACCUUUUAAAAAUUUUGUGUGUUCUAGUUUUUUUGACUUGUGAAUUUUCGCACAAUAAAUGAAAAUACUUUUUAAACUGUUAUUUAGUCGUUUAUAUUUGCAGUGAGUGUGAAACAUCUGUUGUAGGAAGUUAUUUUGAAAUAAACUAAUUCAUAAAUGAAUGCCUUUAGCAUAAAAAACAGUGACAUAUCUGAAAACAUACAUAUUCAUUGAAUUUUUUAUAUAGCUUUUUUAUAGAAAUUUCAGAUAAAACAGAUAUUAAGUAUAUGAUUUAUUAAGAAUUAAACAUUCAGUCUUUCAACCUAUGGAGAAAGAGCUUUUUAUGGGAAACUAACCUGUAUUCACAUCAUUUUGAAAAACUUGUCAUCUUGUUGAACUUGACAAAAAUUAUCCAGUAUUCAAUAUGAUAUAAAUUUCUAGGUGUAUCUACAGGUAUCUGAACUCUGUUUAACACUGCUAUAAAAGGCCAAACUGUUGCCAUACACUGCAUGUAACUCAUGUUAUAUAGUAAGCAAUAUUUGUUUAUGAAAUGAAAUUGAAAGCUAUACAAUCAUUUAUAUUUAGCUCCAUAUUGUAAAUAAAAAAAAUAUUGGUUAAA